AUGCUCACCGCCGCCGCCGCUACGGUCGUUUCUGCAGCCUCGACGAUCACUGCCAGGAUGAACUUCUCAGCGGACGACUCCACACCGGGCGAGUGUAGCCUCAUGGGUCCCUUCGCCAUCCUCGUGCAGGCAGCACUGGGGGCCCUAGCGCUUCUGUCCCUCGUCUUCAAGCGGUGGCGGGAGAGGCCACAGCGGCCGGUCAAGAUCUGGUUCUUCGAUGUGUCCAAGCAGGUUUUUGGCUCCGUGCUGGUCCAUAUUGCCAACAUCUUCAUGUCCAUGCUCACCAGCGGACGGUUCUCCGUGGCCGUGGAGCCCGUGGUGGCAGCGCGGACGCUGAUGAGGAGAACAAGGGAGGACGACUACACCCCCAAUCCCUGCUCGUUCUAUCUCUUGAAUCUUGCGAUCGAUACCACCAUUGGAAUUCCGAUCCUCAUUGUUCUUCUCAAGCUCGUCACCGGCCUCGUGGCAUACACUCCGCUCGGCAAACCGCGCGAGUCGAUCCAGUCGGGCCACUAUGGCCAGCCGCCCAAUGCGUGGUGGUGGCUCAAGCAGUCCAUCAUGUACUUCAUGGGCCUCUUUGGCAUGAAGAUAUGCGUGCUGAUCAUCUUCCUUGUAAUACCUUCGAUAUCAAUGGUGGGAGACUGGGCUCUGGGCUGGACAGAGGGCAACGAGAAGUUGCAGAUUGCGUUUGUCAUGAUGAUCUUCCCUCUCAUCAUGAAUGCGCUACAGUAUUACAUCAUCGACUCGUUCAUCAAAGAGAAGGAUGGCAGCAGCGAUGGCCACCCACACGAAAGGCUGCCGAGCGAAGAUCCCGAGGAGAGCCACCGGUUUCGACGUGGCGGCGACAGGCACGCAGAAGGGCUUUUGAGUGACAGCGAUGAUGAAAUGGGGGACGAAGUCACCAAGAGGGGCGCCGACGUCCGGCUCAGACCGAACGGCGAGGGUGAGGAGUAUGAUCCCGAUACAGAUGGGGAUGCUCGCACAGUGGUGGGCAGCAGCAGCUCGAAUCGUGCCUUUGAGUCACCGGGUAAGUCGAUCGCGCCGGCUUUAUACCCCAAAGAGUGA